UCGUACAUUUAUAGAAAUGGUGUGAUUACCUUAAUCGAAAAUGCAAUGCAUGCGUAGCUUUGAGUCGUUGGAGACAUUAAUUUGUGUCCACGGGGUCUGUUCUCAACGCAGGAUUCAACAGCCUAAGAUUUAGGAAAAAUCCAAUUCCUUGAUUUUGAUUUUUGCCAACUCAAUCCCUAAAUCUUUUUCACGUCUAUAAAGUGACGAUGAGAUCAGAAUUUGAUCUCCGUUCAACAACACUGUUUUAUCUCCAAAAGCCAGUUUUGAAACCCUAUUAUCCAGAAGCCAUGGCCACCAGGGACCUCAAACUUUUAAAAAGACAAAGAAGCAUCAGAAUCUGUCUCUGCGUAUCCUCACUUUUGAUCCUCAUUGCUGUGAUCAUGAUCUUGAGUUUUGCCAUCUUUAAGCCCAAAAACCCUUUGGUAUACGUCAACCCUGUUGACCUUGAAAACUUUCAAGUCCUCUCACCCAAUUCAAGCAGUGCCCCUUUGCCCUUGGUCAUCACAAUUCAGAACCCAAACUAUGCAACUUUCAAGAACAGAAUUUCCAGUGGCUAUCUCAAAUAUGGCGACACCAUUAUAGGAAAAAUUCCUCUGGAAUCAAGAUCUUACCCUCCAAGAAGCAUCACAAAUGUGACAGCCACUGCGGACAUUCAGACAGAUUUAUUGUUAAAAGAUCCGAACUUUAUGUCGGAUAUGGCAGGUGGAGGCUUCAAUAUGACAUCAGAGGCUAAACUUUCUGGGAAAGUGAGUGUCUUGAAGUUUAUCAGGCUGAAAGCCAAUGUUUAUCUCUCUUGCACCAUCUCUUUGAACAUAUCAGCUCUUCAGACCACUUCCACCUGCGUCUCCAAACUCAAGCUAUGAAUUCCUAAUUUCAUAUUGCCGACAUUGGUUGAUUCUGAUGCUUUAUAUAGCAGAGAUGCUCUGAUGUUAUUAUAGUACCUGCAAUCAAGUGAAAAACUCUUGGAAUUCAGGAAUGUAUAGUAACUUUUAGGUGUGUUUCCCUUUGCAGCACACGAAGAUUGUUGAUUGAUAGAGUGAACACAUUCAUAUUAAUAAUAAUGCAUUCCAAUUAUUUUA